AUGACAUUCGAACCGCUCGACGUGCUCAGGGUUUCACCUCUGCCAUCCUUGAACCUGGAGCAAUCGGCUCUGGUUCGAGAUCAGCUUGUCUCGUCGACGCUUCUCUCACCAGUCUCGCAAACUCAAGCUGACACGUAUCGCAUCGAACCACUUGUCGAACAACCUCAGCCUGGAUUCGACCCUGUACUAGUCGCCUUUUCGAAAAGAACGACCCAUCAUCAGCUCGAGUCAGCCCAGAUUCAUGAUCCAUCCCCUUUCCGAUCGCUGGGUGCUGACAAGGAUGGGUAUCUCGACUCUUCGCCAGGUCCUUCGAGACGGACCGUGCAUCGAUCUGCGUCCGAUUCGAGUCUGAACUCUUUCGAGUCUUCCAUCUGGGAUGACGCUCUCCAUUCUCCCCUCAGACCGGCAUCAGUCAAGUUCCGAGGACCACCUGCUAAGCCCUGGGUUCUAGAUCUCGCCGUAGCAGAAUCGUAUAGCUCGAGUCAAAAAGAUGUUUUGGAAGCAAUACACGAGCUUCCACUGGAAGAGAGCUGGUCACAAGCACAGGAUCAACACCUUGCGCCUGUACAUCCUCUCCAAGACGUCGUGCGAUCGCUCGUCAACACAGCAACGACAGGCACAUCGUCAGAUCACUUUCAGUGGGAUUCAGACUCAGCCUCAUUCGUGUGGGCAGCUACGCUUCAGCAUUGCAAAAAUGUACGGCAGCUGCGCAGGAGGUACAAGGAGCAGGCCACACUGCGUGCAUCGUUGGCUGCAGCAGGUGAUGAUGUAGAUCCCCCACCCCUACUACCAACCGCCAUGAUGCAACCCUGGAUCGGCUCCGAGCGCAUCUUAGGUUGGAGCCAGGCCGCUUCGGACAGUGUCAUUCGCCCUCUCCUCGACAUUGGCGCCCUUCUGCGUCGUAUCGACGAUCGGACACUUGCCAUACAUCGGUCGUCUGCAACCUUGUGCAGUGAAGCCACAGCGCUUGCUGCUGCGCUUGACACGGUCGUCACUUGGUUCAAGGCCGAGCUUGCAACCCAGUCAUCAACGCUCGUCAGCAACUCCUCUGCAAGUGUCAAAUGCUCGGCCGUACUCAAUGCGCAUGCCGAGCUCGAGACUUGCUUUGCUGUUCUCAAAAACCUCGGCAAUCUUCUCUCUUGUGGACAGCCUCGAACGCCGCCCUUUCGUCCUCUCACUUGGCUCGAAUCCACGCACGCCACCCUCUCGCAUCUGCAUGCUCAUCUUGCUGCAUCGCUUGCUUCCGGCGCGUCAUCCUUGCCCUCGGCCGUCCUAGCCUAUCUACUCGAUCGAACCAGCGUCACAUGGCGUCAGCAGGUUGCCCGCUGGGUCGGCUUUCCUGGCUUUGAAUCCGAUCGGACGGGCGAGCUCGAUGAUCGACCUUCUGUCCUCAAGUCUGGCUCGAGUUCCAAUACCGCUCACAUCUCUACGCCUUGGAGCGGUGCUGUUGUUGACUGGUCGCUAGAUGAAAGAGGCGAGGAAGAUGUCGGAUACACUCUAAAGCCUUCCGCUGUACCGAGCUUCCUGCCCUUUCGUCACGCCAGAGCGUUCCUCGAAGCGGGUAGGGCGCUGAGAUUGCUCAAAAAGGCGGCUCCGCAAGAUCAUCCAUUGGUGCAUCAAUGGUCCUUGAACGCGCAAGAAAGAGCUUCUGCAAAGCGCGUCAGCCUGCCGACGUGGCGUUGGUCAUUGUUGGAAUCGAAAUUGCAGGUGGAUGCCAUUGAGGAUCACAUCCUACAGUUCAAACGCGAGAUUGUACGAUGGCGAAGACAGCGACGCAAGACGAUCGAUGGAAGUGUAGGCACUUUCAGCACUACUUCCUCGCCGCUCGACUCGUCACCAGCGCUUCCUCAGCCGGCAGGUGAGACUGACAAACACAUGGGCAGAGUUCAAACCAACGAAGCGCCCCUCGACCCGGUGGAUGACCAGCUUGCACGUAUGUCGCAGCUUUUUGCCUCCCUUCCCGGCGUCACUAAUUCAACGCUUAGCGCCGCGAUCUUCACAGACACUGAGCAAGAACCGCUCCUGUCUUCGAAAGCGGAUCUGGCGAAGAAACAAGAGGAAUCGCUCGUGCUCUACCUCUCCUCCGCCGCGUGCCCCCCCAACGCGCAAGACGCCAUCUCACAGUCUGCCUUCGACCGCGUCACCCAAGCUAGCCUUGUCGCGCCGUUCGAGAGCUGGGCGCGCCUCAUCAACAUGUCGCUCAUCAGCGUCUUUUUCCAAGACCUCGGGUUGGGCACCUACCUUGAGACGUGCAAGCGCUUCUUGUUGCUCGGAAGCCUUCAUUUCGAGCGCCAAGUGGUGUCGAGCCUGUUCGACGUUGACCAAGCCAGUGUUCUCGACGCUGCUUCUGCAAGCUCAGGGCGCGCAGUUGUAGCCAUGAAUCAAAGAUUGACGGCAGAAGGUGCUUGGCCACCCAAUGACAGUUUGCUUUCGUCUGCGCUCAACACGGCUGUCAUCGAGACGGUCUCGAGUAUGCGACAUGCGCACGAGGAGAAAUUACAUCGAACUGGCAAAACGGAAGAUGCCAUCUCGCUCGCAUUCAAGGAUCUCGACGAACGCUUGUCCUUCGCUGUCGUCGAACCCCGCUCCACUUCAUCUUCGACUAGAUCCAAGUCCAAGACAAAACCCAGAUCCAAGCCGACAUGGACCGACCCUUCGUCGAUUGACGCGCUCGACUGGCUCACUUUGUCAUUUCACCCACCUCCGCUCAUCUCGCCUCUCCUAACGCAGCUGGCACAAUCUCGCUAUCAACGCUUAUGGAACAUGCUCCUACGCAUCAAACGGUGCAAAGUGGCGAUGAGGUCAGCCUGGGCGUGCACCUUCAAAUCGACGAGUGCAGCCUUCACGUUUGACUUCCGCACGCGUUCGGUGAUGCAGCAGUUUCGAUGGGAGUUGAACCAUUUCUUAGACUGUUUUGGAGGGUUCGUGGAAGAGGUAGGGAUCGAAUCGCACUGGAGUGGAUUCAUGCACCGAUUGCAGAGGGUCAAGCGUGAGGUGAGCGACGAACUUUGUUCACGCGGUCGCAGCGCAGCUGCUGCUCAAGGUGAUCCGGCCGAAGCGGGAGAUGGAGAUCUCGAUGAUGAAGUGCUGGAAGAGGAGGAACGCGCGGCACUCAUGACGUCGUCGUUGGAGCUCAAGGAUGUCUUUUCAUUGGCACGGUAUCACGAACGCGUUCUGGACCGGAUGCUUUCGACCUGCUUCCUCAAGUCGAAACAGGCGGCGUUGCUCGCGAUCGUCAACGACCUGUUGCAGACCGUUCUCGACUUUUCACAACUCUGCCUCGACUUCCAUACGCCUUGGUCCACCGCCGUGGAGCCACCGACGUUUGACGACUUCAACAACCUCCACCGCUACUUCCGCUCGCGCCUCGAUGUACUCAUCCAGGCGUUGGCGAUGCUCAAAGAUCGUUCGCCCACUACGACCAACGCUUCCAACUCCGCUGCGCUCCCCGACGACAUGCGAGGCGAAACUGCAAAGCGCCGCCUAGACGUAGAAGCCGAGAAACUGCGUUUGGUGCAGGAGCAGCAGCAAGAUCUGCGUACUCUCGACGUCGACCGUGAAGGCAGGAGCGUACAAGAGCGCGAAAGACAAGGCGUCGCAAGUGUAGAAGUGCUCUUGGUGAGACUGAAUGCUAGCGGCUUCUAUGCCGAUUUGGGCUGA